AUGUCAGCAACAGCAACAACAACUACAACAACACAAGGCCUCACUUCCUCCCCAUCACAACCAAAACCCAGACUACCAGUCCACGUCCAACACUCCGUCUCCCCAAAUGCCAUACCCGGCGCCACUUCAACACUCAUCGACGCAUUCAUCUCCGACCCUGUAACAGCGUACAUGCUGAACCACCUGCCUUCUUCCGCCCGCUUAGCCGCAUUACAGAAAUUUUUCUUCUUAUCAAGCAAUGCAGCUAUAAAGGCAGGCGGAGAACUUUGGUCCGCCAGCACCACACCCCCAACCACCUCUUCCACACCAGACUUCCAAGCCGCGGCGGCAAUAUUCCCACCUGGCAAAUCGCUGGACGAUCUUGGGGCGAAUUCUCUGCUCGGCCUUUUGCUAUCAGGCGGUUUGGCGCCAGCACUAUGGAGCAUGGGUCCCUCACGCUUCGCAUCCCGCAUCAACGCAUACACCGCCGCCACAACACCCGCCAAGGAAUCCACAUUCCCGAACGGCGAAGACUAUUUCUACAUCCAACUCAUCGGCGCCUCCUCCGCGCACCGUGGGAAGGGCCUCGCACCAGCUCUGAUCCGGCAUCUCCAGGACCGAGCAAGGAACGAAGGGAAGCCGAUUUAUCUCGAGGCGAGUAAUGAGGGCGCAAGGAGGGUGUAUGAGAAACUGGGUUUUGAGGAGGUCGGGGAGGUGAUUUGGUUGGGGAAGGGGGAGUGUGGGAAGGAUGGAGAGGUGGCGAGUGGGGAGGAGGCGGGCGGUGUGCCUAUGUGGCCGAUGGUGUGGUGGCCAGAGGGAUAUGUUGGGGGGAAGGCGUAG